AUGGGCUACACCACCCUCUGGAGACAUCUCUCCCCCUCCCAACUAAACACAGCCUUCCACACCUUCUCCCUGAUCUCCAUCUUCUUCGAAGGCUACGACCAAGGCGUCAUGGGCGGCGUCAACGCCUCCCCGCGAUACGUCACGCAAGUCGGGAUCGGCAAGCCGGACGGCACCGUGACAGACACGACGCACCAAGGCGGCCUGGUGAGUAUCUACUACCUGGGAUGUAUCUUUGGGUGUUUCGCUGGGGGUUGGUUAGCGGACCGUGUUGGGCGCAUCAAUGGUCUGUUCGUUGGGUCUGUGUUUGCGCUUGUAGGGGGCGCGCUGCAGGCUGCUGCUCAGAGCUCGGAUUUUAUGCUUGUUGCGAGGGUUGUUACUGGGGUGGGGACUGGUGCCCUGACUGGUAUCACGCCGGUAUUGGUAGCGGAGAUAUCUCCAGCUGAUCAUCGAGGCGGAUCCCUCGGUUACGUCUUCAUCGCCAACUACCUCGGUAUCUCUAUCGCCUACUGGUUAUCUUUCGGUCUCGCAUUCAUAGACCACGGAUAUGCAGAUGUUCGAUGGCGCUUCCUCCUCGCCUUCCAAUGCAUCCCGGCCGUUAUCCUCGCAGUGUGUAUCAAGAUGCUCCCCGAUAGUCCUCGGUUUCUGGCAUCUGUGGGACGCACCAACGAAGCGUGGGAUCUGCUGGUCCGUAUUCGCAGCCACAAGGUGCAGGCUAAGGAGAUUGAGCGGGAGUAUUCUGAAAUUGUUACGUCUGCACAUGACAGCAAGCCCAGCUCUCCUGUUCAGUUCUUCAAGAUCCUUGCUGGGAAGGGGGGAAGGCCAGGGUCGAGCUUGGGGCGUCGAGCUUGGCUCUCUCUGUUUCUCCAGAUCAUGGCGUCUUGGACGGGGAUUACUGCAGUCACGGCGUAUUCGCCCGUCCUGCUCAGCCAGGCUGGAUACAGCGAGAUAAAGCAGAAUGGGCUCGCUGGCGGGUUGAACACCAUCGGUAUUAUCGGCACGAUCAUCAGUGCGCAGAUUAUAGACCGGAUGGGCCGUCGGGCAUGUCUAAUGCUAGGAUCUGCCGUCCUAUUCACCGUUCAGCUUAUUGCCGGAUGCAUAUACGAAGGCUCUCUACACAGUCCCGAAAAAGCCCCCCAGUUCGCCCCAGCAGCAGUAGCAAUGCUAUUCCUCUUCAACUUAGGAUACGCCGCAACAUGGGGCACAGUGGCCUUCCUCAUCCCCACAGAGCUAUUCCCCUCCGAUCUCCGGGCCCAAGGCAACGGGUUCGGAAUCACGGGGUGGGCUAUCGGCGUGGGGAUGACGACGCUUGUGAAUCCCAUCAUGUUCGACGGGAUCAAAAGCCGUAGUUAUUUUCUGCUCGCUGCGCUGAAUUUGCUCUGGAUUCCGGUCGUGUUUCUGUUUUACCCGGAGACGGGUAAUCGGUCACUGGAGUCGAUUGAGGGGCUUUUCACGACUGAGAGUCCGUUUUAUUGGGGUAUGGAGAGGGCGUAUCGGGAGGGUGGGGAUGUAGUAGAGAGGCCGUUUGGGGGUGAACCAUCUGGGAAUGGAGAGGGUAAAGGGGUUUAUUCGAAAGAGCUGGAGAUUCAGAAAUGUAACUGA